CCUGGCACCAGUUCCCGACUCGUCUCUGAACCAAUAAGUCCCGUGACAAGUUCCUUUUAUUUAAAAAUAAAAUGAAAUUUUUAAUUUUUAUGAUUGUGGUGGUGGCGGUCACCCAGGCGAAGAUCCUCAUGUCACCCAAUAGCAUUUCUGCUGCAAUGGAAAGAAAUGACAUUGAAAAUGCACACUUGGCGCAGGCAGCUAUGCUAUCAGAGAAGCUGUACAUCCCGAUGGCUCGUCUGAUGACUUGCAACAUCGGCGGCUGCCAGGCCGUGUGUCUGGUCCUCGGCUAUUGGCAUGGCCGGUGCGUCGGUGACACUUGCGAAUGCUACAACUAGGACACAGGACUACGGUGGCUGACAGGAUCUGCCAGGUUCUAGAGGUCUACAAGCAUGGGCAUUAUAACCAGCAUAACAAUGGCAGCAAUGCUAUAUUUUAUAGUUACAUACUCGGCGAAUAGCGUGGGAAGUACCGAGGUAAAUAGGCAGAGAUGUUAUAGUAGAGAUGGGCCGUAUACGAAUAUUCGGCCGAACAUGCGGUUCAGCUGUUACCGAACCGAAUAUUCAGUUGAGCCAUAUUUUUUAAAUCCUGGCUUAGAGUUAAAAACGUUUCAAUGAUUACGGCAACGUACGAACUAUUUCAGUCAAUCUCACUGACAUUGACUGAACUAGCAUGACAAAUACGAAAGUUUCCAGAAAAAUACAAAGGAAACACUUUUCGCGCUACAUCUGUACCCAUUUAUCUUAUCAUUAAAAAAAUUGCCGAAUGCCGAAUAUUUGCCAAAUAUUCGGCCCAUCUCUGUGUUAUAGGUACUUCCAACACCACUCGUCGAGUAUAUAGCCGGAGUAAUAGACGCAGUGUACUCGAAGGGCCCUCCUGUCAAUUGUCCUAGAGCUUUUAAUUCUGUCUACUAAUAUUUUCAAUAUAAAUGUUUUAAUUUCA